GGGCGGCGUGAGGCGCCGCUGUCCGGGGGCUCGGGGAGGCCUGUGGUCGCCCCGCUGUCCCCGAGCCCGUGACCCCCGCAAGGCGUUCUUGGAUGAGCGUCGGAGACUUGGAUGAUAAAUUUAUAUGAGCAAAUAGCAUCCCAGCAAUGCUGAAGUUCCAAGAGACCGCUAAGUGUCGGAGCGGGUCAGCAGACAUCCCCGAUCAGCCACCGGCCUGGAUUGCCGGAAGAUACGUACGUCAGCAGAAACUGGGCGGUGGGAGCUUCGGAACUGUCUACCUGGUGUCAGACAAGAAGGCCAAACAAGGAGAGGAACUAAAGGUAUUGAAGGAAAUCUCUGUUGGUGAACUAAAUCCAAAUGAGACCGUCCAGGCCACUUUGGAAGCCCAGCUCCUUUCCAAGCUAGACCAUCCGGCCAUCGUCAAGUUCCACGCAAGCUUUGUAGAGAAGACUAAUUUCUGCAUCAUCACAGAAUACUGUGAGGGUCGAGAUCUGGACUAUAAAAUCCAGGAAUAUAAAGAAGUAGGGAAAGUCUUUCCCGAAAACCAGAUAGUGGAGUGGUUCAUCCAGCUGUUGCUAGGCGUGGACUACAUGCACGAGAGGAGAAUACUACAUCGAGACUUGAAAUCAAAGAAUAUAUUUCUGAAAAAUAAUCUCCUUAAAAUUGGGGACUUUGGGGUCUCUCGACUGCUGGUGGGAUCCUGCGACCUGGCCACCACUUUUGCUGGAACUCCCCACUACAUGAGCCCCGAGGCUCUGACCCACCAAGGCUACAACACCAAGUCCGACAUCUGGUCAUUGGCCUGCAUUUUAUACGAGAUGUGCUGCAUGAAUCAUGCAUUUGCUGGCUCCAAUUUCUUGUCUGUCGUCUUAAAAAUUGUGGAAGGAGACACACCUUCCCUCCCCGAGAGAUACCCAAGGAAACUCAACUCCAUCAUGGAAAGCAUGUUGAACAAGAGUCCUUCGUUGAGACCCUCAGCUAUAGAAAUCUUAAAAGCUCCCUACAUCGACGAGCAGCUACAGCACCUGAUGUGUCGCUAUUCCGCAAUGACUCGCGAAGACGUGCGUGUGGAUUGUCAGAAGGAGGCUGCUCACAUAGUGAAUGCCGUGCAAAGAAAGAUCCACCUGGAGACUCUCCAGGCACUGUCUGAAGUGCAGAAAAUGACGCCGAGAGAGAGGAUGAGGCUGAGGAAGCUACAGGUAGCCGACGAGAAAGCCGGGAAGCUGAAGAAGAUCGCAGAAGAAAAGUACAAAGAAAACAGCAAGCGGAUGCAGGAAUUGCGGCCCAGCAACCUGGAGCCGCUGAGCGCGGGCAUACUUGGCGAAAGAGCACACUUAAUGGGAAUGGAAGGAAAAGAGGAGUGGCCUGCGGGAAGACUUUCUUGUUCCUCCCAGGAGAAGGAUGAAGAGAGACAGCCAGCCUGGGAGGAGACAUCAGGGGGGCCGCCAUCAGAGCACCUGCCCGCCUCUCAGCCUGUUCCCUCCCCCCGCCCUGGUGAGCUGGAGUCCAGCACAGAGGACACCACAGCAGACCUCUACCGCCACGAGAUCCCGGAAGACCCGCUGGUGGCUGAGGAGCAUUACGCCGACGGAUUUGAUUCCUGUUCUGAAGACAGUGAAGAGCAAGAGGAAGAAAUAGUGUUUCCAGGACCCGAGUGGGAGAUCAAGGACGAGAACCCCACGUCUGUUUACAGAACAAAUCAGGACAGUGACACCGAAGCGCUGGUCAGGUGUUUGGAAAAAGUGUUGGAUUGCCCCUCUCAAGACACAAGGACCACUACCAGUAUGGCGGCAGGCCUGUCCCCCCGGCCCCCGGCGUUCAGCAGUGUGACGGCCAGGAUGAAGCACAUAAGAGACUCUGCUACACAGAAGCUGGGAGCGGAGGUGUUUGAAGAGGUCUACAGCUACCUGAGGCGAGCAAGGCAUCUGAAAGCCAGCGAGGCCGAGGUCCAGCAGCGUCUGGAGAGGUGGGUGCCCCGGGCCAGCGACUGCUUCGAAGUGGACCAGCUCCUCUACCUGGAGGAGCAGCUCCUGACCACCGUGGCGACCAGAACCAUCCCGAAGACACGGUCAGGACACGAAGACGGUCAGGGAGACACGUCCCUCUGCGAAAAACCGUGA